CCCCACGGUCCGUUCUCCUUCCGUUCCACCAGUUACACCACCUUCGAAGAAUAUUCUCCACAGGCCCAUACCACUUCUCUUCCCCUCUAACCAAGACCCCAUUUAACCCCCUCGUAUAUAAUCUUUCGUCAGCUCCAACUCUUGCUUCAAGCCUCAUUAUCAAAGUAACAAAAAACUUAUUAGGCCAGCCAAUUAUGUCCCUUUCUUGCUACUCCAUCCCCAUGGAGAAGGAAGAAGAGAAUAAAGACAUGACCAUGAGCCCUAAGAAGGCUUCGUCAACACCCACCACUACCCCGAGACCCAGAAAGCGCAGCAAUGCCCUGAGGCUCGUCCAGGCCGCGCUCUUCAUGACUCGGCCGUCGUCGAAGAAGGAGGCGCCUGCGCAGGCCGUCGUGGUGGUGCAGUCAGAAAGCACCAGCUUCUGGAAGAGUUUGCUGGCCGGUAUGCGUCCCCUCCACCACCACCAGCUUGAGCACCAAGAGGUGGCGCCACCGGAGCUGGUGGUGGCCCUCCCGGCCCUCCGGCUAACGAAGGUGGACUCCUUGCAUGAGGUUUUCACCCCUGCGACAUCGCCAAUGCACUCGGAUGGCAUGAGCGGGUACGCGUCUGCGGAGGACCUCCAUGUACUCGACACAUGCGAAGAUGGCGAUGCCGAGAGAGAUGGUGGUGAUGAUGGAGAUGAUGGAGAGCCGAAUGAGAUUGAUGUAAAGGCCGAGGAGUUCAUUGCGAGGUUCUACGAGCAGCAGCGUUUGGAGUCGAUUGCACUGCAGGAAUAAUCAUCAACUGGGUGUGUGAUGAGGGGAUGUGGAUUUCUUCUUCUUCUUCUUCUUCUUCCUUCCUUUUUAUUCUUUUCCUGUUUUUGUUCCUCUUCUUACGUGCAUGGGCAUGUAUAGGGUGUUAUGCGUUCAUGCUUGUAAGCAUGCAGGCGUGGAGUCGUGUUGGCUCUUUUUGGGUUGGUGGUUUCCUCAAAGAAUAAAAAUGGUUAAAGGGUAA